GGAAGAUCUUUCCCUGAGACAGCUCGUGCUGGCUUGCUUCAAGUCAUCAUAGCAAACGGCCGUAACUUAAAGCGCCUUCAUUGCAAACUCCCUUUCAUGUCCCAUGCGAGAUGCGAGAGACAGCAGCCGGAUCACCAAUGAGAAAAGCACCUUCUGCAGCUGGCAAUACAUCUUCCUCCUCAUGUAUUAUUCAGCAUCCAUGUGGUUGGACGGCUGCCAGAAGCGCGCUGUUGGUGUUGGUUCUCUGUAUUGCUUGGACUCUUUGCAUUGGAUCCUCAUUGCUGAAUCACCACUACUGGCAAGACCAGAAUGACGGCAAAGACGUCUUGGAUGUUGCUUCUACUCGAAGUACCGUCAGGAUUACCAAUAUUGCAUCCUCCAUCAGUGUACCUUCCUCCAUUAUGGCUUCGAAACCUCGGAUUCUGUCCAUUUCCUACGGCGCAACACAGACAUCAGUUGCUAAUGUCUCUGCUGUCUAUGUGACAACCAACAUCACGUUGGAGGACAUUCAAGCCUACACGAGACAAAGAAAAAAAAUCAAGCCUCGCGAACGAAUUGAAGAUGCCAUGAUGGCGUGGCGCAUCCGACAAAAUGACCAUGGAUUGACCAAGGAAGAACGAUAUGAAGGGAAACCAUGGAAAGAUGUUCCGGGACAAGAGUACUGCCAUCCCAUGCAUGCGUGGCAAGCCCAACUCUACUUUCCCACCUGCAAUCAGUUACACGAAUCCAUAGUGUUGCCGCACAACACUAAGUUUCUCGCAGUAGGGGGAUACCGGUUGGUGUGGAAAGUGCAGGAUGUUCACGUCCAUCCCGGCAACAGCAGGACUACUAUUAAGGGUAGGAGGUUAUCAUUGGCCUUGAAGACACUCAAAUACGAACGAGAGUAUUACGUGCGACAAUUCGAACGACAUGGCAUGGAUGCUCUCGUCAGUGGCAGGUUGACAGCAUCGCCUCGCAUUUUGGAUAUUUAUGCCUAUUGUGGCACAUCGGCUCUUUAUGAGUUUGCUCCCCGUGGAGACUUGGAACACUAUCUGCGGAAAAGGGCAAAAACCACACCCCCACAAAAGGUACAAUUGGCACACCAGCUCGCAUCGGCGCUGGCAGAUGUACAUCAUUGGGAAGUAGGAGGUGAACCAUGGAUGGCCCACACCGAUAUUGCCACUCGUCAAUUUGUAAGGGUGGACGACGACAAGAACAGUAAUAUCCCCACAUUCCGAUUGACCGAUUUCAAUCGGGGCCGCCAUUUGCUACGCAACAAUCAAACACGUUCUACUUGUGGCUUUUUGUUUCGCAACUCGGACCCUGAAAUCACGCGAUCACCCGAAGAGAUGCAACUCAUUGUGCCUCAAACGGAAAAAAUUGAUGUCUACUCUUUGGGCAAUGUCUUGUACCACGUCCUGACGGGACAUGAUAUUGUCAUGAACGGUACCGAAGCGAGUAUGCGACGACAAAUCCUCAAGGGAUGGCGUCCUCCCAUUGAAGCGGAAUGGAGGGAAAGUACAGAUACGCUCAUCCAGGCACUUAUAACUGCCAUUCGCAUGUGCUGGACACAAAGGCCCAAACAACGAGCUACAGCGAGACAGGUACAAGACUUUUUGUGGAAGGCACUGCAACAGGAAUCCAACCAGCACAAUGUAUUAUCCAACGCAAUAAUACGCAAACCAAUUACUAUGGAUAGCGGAUGAAACCGUUCGAUGAUUUGAUUGUUCUGAGUCUUGGGUGUUCUUGGCGCGUAGGUUCAAAACCUCUCAAACUCUACCGUACCUUCCGAUAUCUAGUAGGUGUCUAACGGCACCCGCCGCAUGAAAGAGAGAGUUUUUGCUGUGACAGCACCAUCAGCGGUAUCCUUCCUUUCGUGGAAGCUUUCUAGGCCCCAAUGAGGAGCCGACGCGGAAACUCUAUCGCCGCUGUUUUUCUUUAAAAAAAGGAGAGUUGUGUUUGGCAAAUUAUUCCGCGAUUGAACAAUGCCGGAAUGUGCACGGAAAGCGACACCCCACACAAAGAGAUCAGAUGAAGGCUAUCGGCAGGAGAUAGCAAUUUGAAAUUUCUAAUGUUCUAAUUGCCUCGCUAAUUAAUUCUAGUCUGAACUCAUUUGCCUUGAUACCAGCGCUUUGUACACGCCGUUCUCAUUGGCAAUGAGUUCGGCAUGGUUCCCCUUUUCUACAACCUUGCCGCCCUCCACUACAAAGAUUAU